AUGUCCGAAAAGACCCGCAAACCGCGGGAGAAGCCAGCUCCCUACAAGCAGCGCUCGCAGACAGUCACAAAGAAUAAAGAUACACCCACUACCUCAGCCAAACCUCAUAAGGUCACGACUCGAAAAAAUCUCACCUUAAAUGACUGGCUCGCUGUCUUCGCAUACAUUGAUACCCAUCCUCAUCAGUCACAAGCCGAAAUAGUUUUACACUUCGAAAAAGAACUCACAGGGGCUUUGGCCUUUAGUCAAUCAGCUUUAUCUCGCGCCCUUAAACGACGGCCAGAGUUAGAAGCGCGAGUCAACUCUAAUCCGAACGCUUUACAUCAGUAA